CCCCGAUCUAGGCCCUAAGGAUACAAUUCGCAAGCUCAGGGGACCGGUGACUCACUCGGCGUUUCCAGGAUGAUUCCCAAGGAGCAGAAGGGGCCGGUAAUGACUACCAUGGGGGACCUCACUGAACCAGUCCCUUUGCUGGACCUGGGCAAGAAACUGAGCGUGCCCCAGGACUUGAUGAUGGAAGAGCUAUCACUGCGUAACAACCGAGGAUCCCUCCUCUUCCAGAAGAGACAGCGCCGCGUGCAGAAAUUCACCUUUGAGUUUGCAGCCAGCCCGCGUGCGCUCGUGGCAGGAAGCGCCAAGGAGAAGGUGACUGGAACAGCGGAACCUGGGAUGGUUGCCAAUAGCUCCGAGGGGCAGAACUACCGCUCUGAGCUCCACAUCUUCCCGACCUCAGGACCCGGGGGCCCUGAGGAUGCCCAGCCCACAGCCGCCCGGCCAGUGAGUGCCCACAGCCCCAGUGCCCUGGCGCCAGGCUAUGCAGAGCCACUGAAGGGCGUCCCUCCCGAGAAGUUCAACCACACGGCCAUCCCCAAGGGCUACAGCUGCCCAUGGCAGGAGUUCGUCAGCUACCAGGACGACCUGGGCGAAGGCGGAAGUCAUACCCCCAGCCUGGCGGAGUAUCGAAAUUUCAACAAGACACCAGUGCCCUUUGGAGGAGCCCUGGUGGGGGAAACCAUUCUGAGGGCAGGCACCCCCUUCGUCCCAGAGCUCACCAGUGGCUUGGAACUCCUCCGCCUCAGACCCAGCUUCAACAGGGUGGCCCAGGGCUGGGUCCGCAACCUCCCAGAGUCUGAGGAGCUGUAGCCCCAGCCGCUUCAAUUCCCCCAUCUCAGAGUUC